UUGUGCAUUCAACAAAAUAGCUAGAUGUACAUUUGGCAACACCUCAUAUCUCAAGGCCAUGGUUUCUACAGCUACAGCUUUCAAAGGAAAGCGAAUACUAUGAAUUUUACUUCAGCAACCCACCGCUAUUGCUGGAGAGGCUCCACAUGAGAUACACAAAGAUCAAGGUACCGACAGUGACGCUUUGUUCUCGGUACAGGCAAGACGUGUUUGUCUUACUGCGGCGGUUUGCCAUUUUGGCAUUGGUUACCCGUUAUCUGAAUUUCAGAGCGGGUUGGCACUUAUUUUACACCUUACUCACUUUGUUUUACCUUACUUUAUUACCCCGUGAUCCUGUUGGAGCGGGAAGAGUGCCUGGUGUUCCUUUCCUGUUAUCCAUGAGGAGCGGGAGGACACGGUGUUGAACAAGGUGAGGUUAUGCACACGUGUUACCUGUUAUUCAAACUUGGAGCAGAUUCUCAUUUAUUCAUUGUCUAUUGUUUUUUACUAGUGUGUUGUGGGUGUUAUACUGUGCCUUUGUCUCGGUGUUUUUCCCCGUUAUCUACAUUUGGGAGCGGGUGAAUGUAAACAAGCGGCCAUGGCGCGAUUAUUUCUUUGUGAUUGCUGGCCCGUGGUGCAGGUUUUAAGGUUCGAUUUGAUUAUAUCCCGUUAUCUGUAUUAAGAGCGGGCUGAACUAAGAUUAUUUUGUCUGUGUUUUUUCCCGUUAUCUCUCAGGAGCGGGACAGGUGACAGAGUGUACUGUUGUGAAGGAGUUUGGUUCAUCAAUAUGUCUUCCUCGGGGGAUUCUACACCUCCAAGAAGCGGUUCUUCACAUUCUUGUGGAAGCCGACUCUAUUCGUCCACUAGGCAUAAAAAGAGGAACAAUAUCCAACGGUCUGGGGCCUCUGCUAGGGAGGAUGAAGUUGCAAGUGAUCGUGUGUCUAAGAUGGACGCCCGACCAACAGCUAGCCAGUCUGGAGAUGUUAACAAUACUACAUUAUCCAAGUUUUUGGAGGCUUGGGCUGCACUUCAGGAGGAUGUGAAUAAACUUAAGAGUGACAGAGGUGCCAGGGCAAGUGUUGGUUCUGAGCCUGGCACAUCAGGCAUCAGAUCUGGGCCAGCACAGGACUUAGGGGGUACUCAUGAGAUUUCUGCCUCCCCUCCCCCUUCUUCCUCUGGUGCAUUUUCUGGCUUUAGGUCACAAGAAAUGAGUGCUGAAGAAGGUGAGAUCGAAGAUGAAGCUCCUUCGGGCAGUAUUCUGUUACAAGCAGCUAAGGCCUAUGUGCCUAUGGAUGACUGUUCUGAAGCUAUUGAAGAACCGAUUGCUGCAAUGGUGAAUCACUGGUUUUCUCAUGGUUUGAAAGAGGAAGACCAUAAGGAGAUUUUGGCAGAUGAGGCUUCUAAACGUCCUAGAAACUGUAAGGCACUUAUCCCAGUCGAGUGCAACUCACAAGUGCUGGAUGCCCUACCCACUGAGGCAAAGAAAGCUGAUUUCCGACUGAAGGAAAUUGGUAAGGAUAUAACUAAGGCUGCCACUAUUAUGGUUAAAUCACUUACUGUUCUGGACAAGUUUGCCAAUGAGGAGCAGAAUCAGGUUAUUGGUCAAGAGGUGGCUAUGCUUAAUGGUGCCUUGGGGUUGUUAGGGCAUGCAAACUUUAAACUGAAUAUGAAUAGACGGUUUUUCCUCAAACGAGAGAUAAACCAAAAGUAUGCGCACUUAUGCACUGAUAAGACUCCUGCAACUGGCUUACUGUUUGGGGAUGAUCUUACUCAAGCUACCAAACAGAUUGAGGAGGCCGAAAGGCUGAAGAACAAGUUUACCCACAAGAAGACUUCCCAUUUUGGAGCUCCAGGUCUUGGGAAGUUAAGUGGUGGUAAGCAACAUGGUUUCUUUGGGAAGCCAGCUUUCCGGGGUAUGUCUACCCGGUUUAAACCUUACGGCUUACACAAACCUGCCACCAGAGGGGACGGCCGCCCUUCUUAUCACAGAGGGAACUCCUCUUCAAAAAACCCAAGGGGCCGGGGACACUACAAUCCCCGGCAGUAAUUCAGGUAAGGAAUGACUUUGAAGCGGGUCAGCUUCAUAAGUUUAUUGGUGAAUGGUGCAAACUUACUAGUGAUCCUUUCAUUUUGGACAUUGUUAAACAUUGCCAUCUUGAGAUUGUUGAACAGAACAUUACUCAUUUAUUUUCUGAGGAAGUGGAAUACAAAUUUAGUGAUGAGGAGAAAGUUAUUAUGACUAAUGAAAUAGAUAAAUUGUUGAGCCAGAAGGUUAUCAAAGAGACUCACAGACAGGUGGGCCAGAUUAUUUCACCAGUUUUCUUGAGAGAGAAAAAAGAGGGUGGCUACAGGUUGGUGCUUAAUUUGAAGAAACUCAACAAAUUCAUGAAUUACAUCCAUUUCAAAAUGGAAAAUUUUGAGCAGGCAAUUAGGCUAAUCAGUUCAGGCGCUUUCAUGGCUUCGGUGGAUCUGAAGCAUGCUUAUUAUUCAGUCAAAAUUGCAGAGGAGCAGCAAAAAUACUUUUGUUUUAAAUGGGCAGGGAAGAUAUACCAAUUCACUUGCCUUCCUAAUGGUGCUUCUACAGGUCCUCGUCUUUUCACUAAACUUUUGAAGCCGAUUUUUUCUUUUUUGAGAUUGAAAGGCUACACCAUUACUUCCUUUAUAGAUGAUACUCUUAUGUGUAGCAAGUCAGUUGAGGAUUGUGUUGCUUGUUUAAAGGAUACUGUGGAAAUUUUGCAAAAUGUGGGGUUUUGUAUUAAUGUGGACAAGUCAGUUUUGGUGCCUACAAAACGCAUAGAAUAUCUUGGCAACAUCAUCGAUUCUGAAGCCAUGACUGUCACACUCCCUGCUCGUAGAGUGAAGAAGAUUGUGGAAAGUUGUUCAUCCUUGGCCAGUAGAAAUAAGGCAAAGAUCAGAGAGGUAGCUUGGGUAGUUGGCAUGUUGGUAGCUGCCAUUCCAGCCGUUGAAUUAGGUAAGCUCCAUUACAGAAUUUUAGAAAAGGCCAAAAUUGUUGCAUUAAAGGUAGGAAAGGGCAACUUUGAAAAAUUUAUGACUAUCUCAAAGGAAAUGAAAAUGGAGCUGACUUGGUGGAUCUCUGAAGUAGGUACGCAAGUUCAGAAAAUUAUUCGGACUGCUCCUUCUGUUGAAGUUUUUACUGAUGCCUCAGAUUUAGGUUGGGGUGGUUGUGUAUUAAAGCAUUCCACCAAUGGUAAAUGGACAACAGAAGAAAGUUGCCUACACAUUAAUGCAAGGGAACUCAAGGCCAUCUUGUUUACCCUUCAAUCUUUUGCUUACUUGCUUAAAGGCUGCCAUGUUAAAGUUAUGUGUGAUAAUACCACAGCCAUUGCUUAUGUUAAUGAGAUGGGUGGAACUAAAUCACUAGUGUGUAACUCUAUCUGCAUUGAUAUCUGGAAUUGGUGUAUUUCCAAUGACAUCUGGAUUACUUGUGCACACAUACCAGGAAAGAAGAAUGUGUUGGCGGAUGAAGCCUCUCGUAAUUUUAAUGACAAACAUGAAUGGAAACUUAAUCCAAAGAUUUUUAAAGAGUUGUGUGUAGUUUUUGGAACUCCCUCCAUUGACUUAUUUGCUUCUCGCUUAAACAAGCAAAUAGAUUGUUUUUGCUCGUGGAGACCUGAUCCUGAAGCAAAGCAUGUGGAUGCGUUCACAUUAAAUUGGGCCAAUUUCGAUCUGAUUUACCUUUUCCCACCAUUUUCUCUCAUUACUAGGUGUCUACAGAAAAUGAGAGAGGAGAGAGCCAAGGGGUGGAUGGUUGUUCCAAUGUGGAAUUCCGAACCUUGGAUGGGCCCUCUUCUGCAAAUGUUGAUCAAGGCCCCCAGGCUCAUCACUCAGAAAACAAAUGUACUACGACAUCCCUCAUCAGCGGAAGAACACCCGAUUAUGACCCACACCCAAUUGAUGGCAUGUCUUUUGUCAGGCAACAACUUAGAGGGAGAGGUGUAUCGUCAGAAGGUACAGAGAUUAUCAUGGCAUCGUGGAGACCAGGUAUGCUGAAACCUGGGAUGUGCAGCCAGUAUUGCAGAAGCUGAGGUCCAUGAGCCCAUUACAAGACCUAUCUUUGAAAUCUUUAACUUUGAAAUUGGUGAUGCUUAUGGCAUUGACUCAAGCUGCAAGAGUACAGACCUCACAUUUAUUAUUGUAUUCCAAUGCUAUUGUUGAUAACAAUUCUGUAUCUCUUUUGUUAGGGGGCAACAUUAAGCAGUGUCGUCCGAAGUUUAAUGUGAGAAUGCUUAAGUUUCAUGCUUAUUUACCUGAUUCUAGAAUGUGUGUUGUAAAUACCUUGAAGGAAUAUAUUAACAGAACGGAGAAUCUGAGAAAGGAAUUUGGGAAGGAUAAUGGGAAACUCCUCAUCAGUGUGGUGAAGCCACAUAAAAGUGUUUCCAAAGAUACAGUGGCAAGGUGGAUUAAAACUGUUCUUGUCGACUGUGGUAUCAAUACUAAGAAAUUCACGGCUGGCAGCGUUCGACCAGCCUCUGCUUCCAAGGCCAAAGCCAUGGAUGUCCCAGUUAACAUUAUCUUAUCUAAGGCAGGUUGGACUCAGGAGACAACCUUUGCUAAAUACUAUAAUAAGGAGAUCACUCAGGUUUCAGAUUUUUUUCAAGAGCCCAUACUGGAUUCUGUAUUGUAAUGUUAACAGGUUUCUCUAUUCAUUUGCGUUGGAUCUCAAUUGACAUAUUUUGUUUGUUUUAUACAUGUACUAUAUGUUUUUGUAAGGGACAUAUCUGUUUAAGGAGGAGGAUUUUUCAUACAAUGAAGUUGGGAUACAUA